CCAAGCAGCACAAUCCUGGGUCUCCGCAGGUCCACGUGCCCAAUGGCUGGCCCAGGGUGGACGAUGCUGCUACUGCUGCUGCUGCUGCCGCUGGGGUCCUUGGUGGGGUAUGGGCUGCAGAAGCAGCAGAUGAACCUGUCCCAUAAGGUCAUCGGGGAGCCAUGCAGGAGCCAUGACGAGUGCCAGAGCAACUGCUGUACCACCAACAGCCUGGACCCACACACGCUCUGCACCCCUAAGACCAUCCUCCUGCAGUGCCUGCCCUGGAAGAAGCCCAACGGGUACAGAUGCUCAGACAACUCAGAGUGCCAGAGCAGCUGCUGCGUCCGCAACAACAAGAGCCCGCAGGAGUUCUGCACAUCCCAAACCAUCUUCCUGCAGUGUGUGCCCUGGCGCAAGCCCAACGGCAACUUCUGCAGCAGCCACCAGGAGUGUAGCAGCCAGUGCUGCAUCCAGCUGAGGGAGGACAGCCCCUUCCGCUGCAUGCCCCGCACCGGGAUCCUGGCCCAGUGCCUGCCCCUGGUGAGUCCCGGGUGGGGGCUCAGCCUCCAGGCCCUCCCCUGGCCGUAACAGGGAAGUCACACAGAAACCCAGCAACUGGGCCAGGUCCGGGGCCGUGAGAGGUGGGCUCUGAACUCAUGGGGCGGGCAGAGCACUCAGGCACCCCAGCUCGGAAAGGCUGGCGCUUCACCACCCAUCUCAUAAAGUGAGGGCCACAGAGAAGGCUCCUGGGCUGGCACUGAGCCCACCAGGCCCCGCAGGGCACGGGUGCCCAGUCAGAGACUGUCAGAGCCUGCGGGGCUGCGGGGAGGGGGACCCAGGACCAGCCCCUCGUAGGAGCCGAGGUUGAACGUCUUCAGGCCAGAGAGGGAACGAGCCCUGAAGGAAGAGGGUCCUCGCUUCUCCCCUCCCUCCCCCUGACCGCUGCUGUGGUUUUCCCUGACGAGAAAUCCAUGGGAUAAGCCUUGCGGUGCAGGCUCCGACUCUGCUGAGCCCUGGGGUCAGGGGAAGGGCCAGGUUGCCAGCGGCGCAAACGCUGUGGGGCGCAAGUGUGUUUGCUGGAGCCCAAAGCUCCCAUGUGGGGUGAAAGGGUCCCGGUCCCCACAGGUGAAGCUUGUUCACAGCCCUCGGUACCACCGGGCCCCGUCGUGGGCGCUGGGAGCAGCUCCGGGCGUGUGGCGCUGCUCGUGGGCGUCCCUCUCGGGCGCUGAGCGUGGGCGUCGGCCUCCGGGUGCUGUCCCGGCCCCCACGAGGCUGGCGUCGGGAGAUGCUGUGUCCCAGCCACAGGCGUUCACGUCCUCCUUCCGCAGCGGCUUCACGGCGCGUCCCCCGCGCGUCUCCUCAGCUUCGGGCCCCGUCCCCCGCGCGUCUCCUCAGCUGCGG